AUGCCUCCUCAAGGCGAUGCACCUGUUGGUGACGACAAGGAACCAGCCGAUAUAGAAAAGGGGGGUGAUUCUGAAGCGAAACCCAUCUCUGAAGGCCCCAAGCACAUCACCUUCCAGCAGCCAAAGGAAGAUGAUGAGCGCCCAAAUCGUCGUACCUCUGGUGAACGUGAGCGCCGCCGGUCGCGCUCCCGAAGCCGCCACUCCUUCAACAGCGCCCGUGGAGGCGCUGGAGGUAACCCCCUUACCGGUAUUCCCAUCGAGUUCCGCACGCUGUCCAUCCAAAUCAGCGAAUCUCGUAAUGUCACCACCGAGAUUGUCAAGGGAGAUUCCAGCCGCACAAGCGUCCACAGCGACAAGGAGUACUUCGAGAAGUUUGACUUCCAUCUUCUCCCUCGAGACAGAUUAUGCCAGCAAUUUAACGUCUCAUCCGAACAGGGCCUCAGCGCCGAGGCCGCCAGCACUCGUCUUCAGCGAGAUGGAAAGAACACCAUCCCUCGUCGUCGCCCAAACUACCUUCGCAAGAUCCUCGGAUAUGUCUUUGGUGGCUUCUGUUCCGUUCUGUGGGUGGGUGUGAUUAUCUUCUUCGUCUGCUGGAAGCCCCUUAGCAACCCUCCCUCUCCGGCGAACCUGGGCAUGGCCAUUCUCGUCCUCAUAGUCAUCUUCCUCCAAGCUGGCUUCUCGGCCUUCCAGGACUGGUCAACCAGCCGUGUGAUGAAUUCCAUUCUUGACCUUCUACCCUCUGAGGCCCAUGUCCUUCGUGAUGGAAACAUCAUUCGAGUUCCGGCUACCGAGCUUGUCGCCGGCGAUAUCGUUCACAUCUCAUCUGGUAAUAAGGUGCCGGCGGACAUGAGGUUGAUUUCUAGCUCUGGUGAUGUCCGCUUCGACAGAUCAGUGCUCACUGGAGAGUCUGACGAGGUUGAAGGUGCCCUUGACGCAACUGAACACAACUUCCUAGAGACACGAAACAUUGCAUUCAUGGGUACCGGUGUCACGAAUGGCCGUGCUGUCGGAGUGGUCGUCUUGACUGGUGGUCGCUCGCUUAUGGGACGCAUUGCCAUGGUCACUACCAAUGUCAAAGAGAAGCCGACGUUGAUCCAAAAGGAAAUCAGCCGCUUUGUUCGUAUUAUUGUUGGCAUGACUUGCAUACUGGCUUCCCUGCUCUUGUUUAGCUGGGUGGGCUGGAUUAGGAUUAAACACGCCGGAUUCAUGGAUGUCGUUGCAAUGUUGAACAACGUCCUCGGAUGCGUCGUAGCCUUUAUCCCUGAGGGUAUGCCCGUUGGAGUCGCCCUCACCAUGAUGAUGAUUGCCCAUCGCAUGAAAUCUGCCAACAUUUUGCCCAAAGGCCUUUCAACCGUGGAGACCCUUGGCUGUGUCAACGUUCUCUGCUCCGACAAAACCGGGACGCUGACUCAAAACUUGAUGACCGUCAAGUCAAUCGGUCUUGUAGACAAGGAAUAUAACAUCGAGGAGUUUAAUGACGAAGUCAAAGAAGGUAAGCGCGGUAAUGCUCUUGCAGAAUUCCAUCGCGGUUCUAUCCUUUGCAAUGAUGCCUUCUUCGAGCCCGCUACCAUGAGCCAGCCUCUUGAUGAGAGAACCAUCAAUGGCAACGCAACGGACUGCGCCAUACUGCGCCUUGCAGAAGCUGCAUCUGCAUCCAAGCGUGUUGUUUCUGAAAGCGACAGGGUUUUCCAGAUCCCCUUCAACUCGCAGAGCAAGUGGAUGCUCACAAUGCAUAAACCACAGGGCACGAUUGACCCAUCCAGUUAUGAGGUUUUUGUGAAAGGUGCACCAGAUGUUCUCCUCCCAAUGUGCACCUCCUACUGGUCAGCAAAAGAGAACAGAGUUAUGCGACUGAACGAGGCAGCAAAACGGCAACUGUCGGCCUUCCAGGAAAAGUUAUCUCGGAAGGCUGAGAGAGUCAUCCUUCUCUGCCAGCGACAAUAUGCUCCUCAGGCACCACUUGGCUCAAACUAUUUCGGUGAUGAGGUCAAGGUGAACUGUACCAAAGACCUGACAGUAAUCGGCUUGUACGGCAUUAUCGACCCUCCACGCCCGGAAGCAAGGUCAACAAUUGCUUCCUGUCGUCACGCUGGUAUCCGAUUCUUCAUGGUUACGGGAGACUUUGGCUUGACAGCAACUGCAAUUGCACGCGAUAUUGGUAUUUUCUCUGGCACUGCCGACCCUGACCGUGUUUGCGAGUUUGAUGGCAAGGCUACUUCUUCCGGUGGAAUGAAGAACAAUGCCCAGCUAGCUUCCGAAUUUUCUUCAAAGAGCCUGUUGGUUGAAGGGCCUGAAAUUUCUUCUCUCACUCAGAAUGACUGGGACAAGAUUUGUCAGUAUGAGGAGAUUGUCUUUGCUCGAACCACCCCCGAGCAGAAGCUCCGCAUUGUCGAAGAGCUCAAGGACCGUGAUAAUGUCGUGGCUGUCACUGGUGAUGGUGUAAAUGAUGCUCCUGCUCUCCGAGCUGCGGAUGUGGGAAUUGCCGUGGUCUCCGGGAGUGACGUUGCCAUCGAGGCUGCUGAUCUCGUCCUGAUGGACAAAUUCGACUCUAUUGUUCAGGCUGUCCGACUAGGUCGUCUUGUUUUCCAGAAUCUCCAGAAGUUAAUCAGUUACCUCCUCCCAGCUGGAAGUUGGUCAGAGAUAUGGCCAGUGCUCAUGAACCAGUUCAUCGGUGUUCCGCUUCCGCUGAGUUCCUUCUUGAUGAUCAUCAUUUGCGUGUUCACUGAUCUGUUCCUCUCACUCUCCCUAAUAAUGGAGAAGGAAGAGUUCGACCUCCUGAGCCUCCCACCGCGUAACCACAAGAAGGACCACUUGAUUAACUUCAAGAUAUAUGCCCAAUCAUACCUGUUCAUCGGCGUGAUGGAAACGAUCUGCGCCCACGCGAUGUUCUUCUUAUACAUGUACCGCAAGGCCGGUAUUCCGUUCCAUGCUCUCGUUUUUGCAUAUGAAAAGUACACAGAUGGUUUCUAUGGGUAUACGAAAGCCGAGCUCGUGAACUUCAAUAAUGUUGGGCAGUGUGUCUAUUUUGUCACCCUGGUGGUCCUGCAAUGGGGGAACAUCCUGUCCAUCCGAAACAAGCGCCUUUCCAUUCUGCAGGCAGACCCAAUUCGAAAGCAGCGCCGAAACCCCUGGCUUGCAGGCGCGGUAUUAGUUUCGCUGGCCAUCGCAGUUUUCGUUACUCAGACGCCUGGUAUCAACAAACUAUUCAACACCGCUCCAGUGCCUAUUGAACACUGGCUGCUACCACUUCCGCUGGCGGUUGGUAUCCUCUGCAUGGAUGAGUUUAGAAAGUUGUUGGUGCGCUUGUUCCCAAAGGGGCCUAUUGCUAAGAUUGCCUGGUAA